AUCAUCUGGGUCUUGUCAACAAUCUGCUUCCAUGGAUGUUUCACAAACUUUUCGAGGAAGAAAUGAUAUAGCAUGGGCACAUGUUAAUGAGAGCGUGGAUGAAAAUGGGAAGAAGAUAUUAACAUGUCUUUACUGUGGCAAGAUAAUUAGAGGUGGAGGAAUUUAUCGAGUGAAAUUGCAUCUAGCGGGUAUAAAGGGAGAAGUUGGAAAGUGCCCUAAAGUUCCUUUCGAUGUUAAAUUCAAGAUUGGAGAAGCACUAAAUGAAAUUGGGGCCAAGAAUAAACAAAAAGUUGAACUUCGUAAGAAUGUCAAUCCUUAUGGAGCUAGUGUACAACAAGAAGAGGGUGAUAUGUUAGAUGAAGAUCAAGAGUGUGAAGAGGUUUCUCCAUGUCCAGCUCCAACUCCAACUUCAAUUUCAAGCUCUAAGAGAAAAAAAUCUAUUGGGAUAGGUGACUAUUUUGCUCCGAGGACUAAGGCUGGGUCUCAGCCCUCAAUUAGGAGUGUUUUAGCCGGAAAAGAAGCUAAGUGGAGAGCGGACAUGGCUGUUGCAAGGUUAUUUUAUGAUUCUUGCAUUCCAACUAAUGUUAUUAAUUCAAUUUAUUUUCAACCUAUGGCGGAUGCUAUAGCUGCUAUUGGUCCUGGGUAUAAAAUCCCAACUUAUCAUAAUUUGCGUGUAAAUUUAUUGAGAGAUGCAAGGAAAGAAGUGCAAUUACUUGUUGAUAGUUACAAGAAAACUUGGGAGGAUGUUGGAUGUACUUUAAUGGCUGAUGGUUGGACGGAUAAUUCACAUAGGUCGUUGAUUAAUUUCCUAGUAUACUGUCCUAAAGGAGUGUGUUUUGUGAAAUCAGUGGAUGCUUCAGAUGUUGUAAAGGAUGCUACAACAUUGUGUAGCUUGUUUGAGGAAAUAGCUUUAUGGGUUGGACCAAACAAUAUUGUCCAUCUUGUCACUGACAAUGGAGCAAAUUAUAAAGCGGCUGGAAAGUUGUUGACUGACAAAUAUAGCAGUAUUACUUGGUCUCCUUGUGCAGCACAUUGCAUUAAUUUGACGUUGAAAGACAUAGCUGAGAUGAGUCAUAUAGUCAACCUUUCGACACGUGCAUCUGAGGUUACAAAGUUUGUGUAUAAUCAUUCAUUUGUGCUAGCUUUGCUGAGGAAAAAACAGGGUUGGACAGAAAUUAUACGCCCAGGUGCAACCCGUUUUGCCACUACUUUCAUUGCAUUGAGCAGCCUACAUCAGCACAAACAUGACUUGCAAUCUACAGUGACAGAUAGAACUUUUGUGGAGUCUCGAUAUGCAAAAACUAAUAAAGGCAAAGCCUUUAUUUCCAUAGUUCUAGAUAACCGGUUCUGGGAUGACAUUGGUAUAAUUUCUAAAGUUGUGAGUCCAUUGAUGCGUAUGCUCCGGAUUGUAGACUCAGAUGAGAGGCCUUCAAUAGGAUAUGUGUAUGAUGGCAUGUACAGAACGAGGAUGGGUAUCAAGAAGCUGUUUAAGAACAAGAAAAAUUUGUACAAGCCUUAUACAACAAUUAUUAAGAUGCGUUGGGAUAGGAUGUUGCGCCGUGAUAUUCAUGCAGCAGCAUACUAUUUGAAUCCUGCUUUCAAAUAUGACGAAGAUACUUUUUCCAAAAAACCUGAGGUCAUGUAUGGUUUUCUUGACACUAUUGACAAUAAAGCAGGUGCAUUCAAAAUGAGCAAGACAAAGUUACUGGAGGAGAGUAGAUUAUAUCGAGACCGUCUGGAAAGUUUUUCUCGUGAGCUUGCUCUUCAAACUUGCAAAACUACACGGCCGGAUGAAUGGUGGAGGACAUUUGGCUUUAGUGCUCCAAAUUUGCAAAAGUUUGCAAUCAAAAUUCUAAGUCAAACUUCGGCCUCUUCCGGAUGUGAGCGAAAUUGGAGUGUUUUUGAACGCAUACAUACUAAAAAGCGGAACAGAUUGGAGCAUCCACGGUUGAAUGAUUUGGUUUUCACUCAUUAUAACUUGCGUUUGCAAAAUAGGAGUUGUUACAAGAAAAUUACAUAUGAUCCUAUUGAUUAUGAGAGUAUUGAUAAAACUGAAUGGUGGAUAGUUGAUGAGGAAGAGGAGGUUGGUGAGCUUAAUUAUGAAGAAUUGGAACAAUCAUUAUAUGGAGAAGGAGCUAUUCCUAUAGAUGGUGGUGAAUCUGGUGAUCACCUUUCUUAUUAUGACUCAGCAGAUGCUUCAGAAGAAUUUUUUGUAGACGAUGUCGCCGAUGUUAAUAAUGAUGACGAUCCUCUAUCAGGUGGUGUGUGAAUUAUGAAUUGUGAAUUUUAAUUGAGGAUGGAAUGAUGGAUUGAAGACCAUUCGGUGAAGAUCAUUUUUGGUUAGAAUGUUGAAGUGUUGAUUUGGAA